AUGCAUCCCAAUCUAACAGAAGAGAUUCUUGUGAUCAACCACAGCGGUUCGGUUGACAUCCGUCCCACUGUUGGGGCGGACAUCACGUCCGCUACUGCUGGCGCAGGGCGUGCUGCAGGGAGCAAUAACUACACUGCUGCACUUGGCGGGCUGGUUGGCCAGGCGGAAGGGCGCACGUCCGCCGAUGCUGUCGCAGGGCAGCAGUUCCGCCGUGCUGCAGGGAGCAACAACGACGCUGCUGCACUUGGCGGGCUGGUUGGCCAGGCGGAAGGGCGCACGUCCGCCGAUGCUGUCGCAGGGCAGCAGUUCCGCCGUGCUGCAGGGAGCAACAACGAUGCUGGUGCUGAAGUGCGGACCUCAAGCAUGGAGCUUGAAGAAGCUCGGGCAGCUCAUCGUGCACUCCAGCGUGAGAACCAAAGAUUGCUGAACGAGAACUCCGACCUUCGGCGCAACCAGUCUAUGUCGGCCUCGCCUGGUGACCCGGCCACGAACUCCGCUGAACAGCAUGAAGCGUCUCCAAACACAGGUGUUGGCUCCAGGAAUGUGCAGUCUGAAAGGCACCCAUUGGCACCCAUCAACGAUCGUCUGCUUGGGAGGGCUGUGGGGAAUGCGCACGUUCGUGGUGUGGAGCACGGCGUGCAGCACCUGACAGCGGAGCAGGAGGUGCUCGUGUUUGACCUGGCAGCUGCCAUGAGGAGAGUUCCAGAGGUCAACAAAGGUCUUUACGUUGCCAUGCUGGAUGCCAUAACAAUUCUGUUCUGGGAGCUGGCAGACGACAAGAUGGAUUUCUGGCCGUCCCGGAGAGUGCUACUUGGGGCGAUUUGCGCCGCUCUCAAGUACAAGACUGCGGAGCAGCGUUGGGACCUUCUCAACGUGUACCUGUACGACCCCGUUCGGCGUCGGUACAUCAGGAACAAGCUGCAGGACGAGUGCCACAUCAUACUUACCAAGGGGCGGUGCGAACUCUACAAGGCGUACGACCUGUACAUCCAGCGUCCGGAUAAGAAUCGACAGCUCAUGGGCUCCACUUUGAUUGACGCUUGGAAGGUCCAGUACAAGCCUGGCGGCGCAGUGAGCAUUUGGUGUCGCCGCUGGUUUACCCCUCCCUUUGUAUUUCUCCUUUCUCCUGAAUGCACUCCACCCUCCCCUGCUAUCCCCACCCUCCCUGCCUUCUCUCCCCCUCAGACCAGGCGGCGCAGCGGCGCAGUGAGCAGUUGGUGUCGCCGCUGGUUUACCCCUCCCUUUGUAUUUCUCCUUUCUCCUGAAUGCACUCCACCCUCCCCUGCUAUCCCCACCCUCCCUGCCUUCUCUCACCCUCAGACCAGGCGGCGCAGCGGCGCAGUGAGCAGUUGGUGUUGCCGCUGGUUUGCCCCUCCCUUUGUAUUUCUCCUUUCUCCUGAAUGCACUCCACCCACCCCUGCUAUCCCCACCCUCCCUGCCUUCUCUCCCUCUCAGACCAGGCGGCGCAUGGAUGUGUCAUUCACCCUUCACACGUGGCAUUGCAGCGAGCAAGGCGUCCCGUUCUCCAACGCUGUGUUCACCCGUGGAAUUGCAGCAUCCUUCCGCCGUGAGGGCGAGGAUGUGCUAAUUCUAAAGCUGAGGCAGAUCGCAUUUUGGCUAUUCGGGGUGAGUCGGUGGGUAAUGGUGAGUGGGCUGGUCGGUGGGUAA